AUGGAAUCGUUAACGAGCACCAAGGGCCUACAUGUCCGCCAGGAGCUGGAGGCGUCCGUUCGUGAGCACCACCCUAACUUGCAUGAUGAGGAGAUCGACCUUAUUGUGGACGGUCGUCUACUCCGCAUGGUCCGGGAGCGCGCGGCGGAGCAACCACCGGUGGGUGGCCAGCAAGGGGGAUCUGGUGGGGGAGCAGCUGAGAACGAGGCUCCUAUUGCCGCGACCAUUGGCGGAGGAGCUGUUACGAUGACCAUCAACAUAGAAAUGAUCAGGACAAGCUACUGCCAAUUCAAGUUUGGUGUGGAGCAUAUCACCUUAGCCCUACUCAGGAAGGGAAAUGAUGAGACGACGGAAUCCUACUGCAAUAGGGCCCGCACCAUCCAAACGGAGCUGCUGAUCGUUGGACAGGAGGUCAACAUGGCCACGUUUGCCGCCCACGUGCUGAAGGGCCUGCCACCGGAGUACGGGUUUCUUCGCCGCAAGCUUGACAUUUCCAGCACUGACAUGAUGAUGGAACGUGUGUGCAGCGAGGUGUUGAUGGAGGAGCAGACUCUCUCCAUCGAACAAAGCUAUAAGCAGAUCACCAAUGAUGCAUCUGCUUUUUCGGGCGCUGUCAACACCAUCGUGGCUACAACGGGGAAGAAGGAUGCAACGCCAAUGGUAGCCGCGAACGUAGCUGAAGGAGAUGGGAAGGGCGUGGCACUCAUCGUUACAUGUUCGGCUGCAAAGUUCCUGGCCGACGACAAGGACUUGUGGUUCCUUGACUCGGGAUGCUCCCAACACAUGACCGGGCGCAAGGAGUGGUUCACGGUGAUCCGUGACCCAUCUGCAACGAAAUCCGUCAAAGGGUUAGAUGGUUCCAUGCAGGAAGUCGCCAGUGUUGGUGAGGUUUUGCUCAAGGGCACUAACGGCUUGUGUGUGACCAUGCAUGAUGUCCUCUUUGUGCCAGGAAUGAAGGCCAACUUAGUCUCCUCAGGGCAGCUCACGGACAAGGGAGCAAAGCUGCAAACCGAGGAAGGUGUCACCCGCAUCGUCGCAUCAGGGGGUCAAGUGGCUGCAAUGGCAUGCAAUCGCCAUCAUCUUCUCUGCCUUGACUUGAAACCGUGGCCAGCAAGCAACGGCACAACAGCUGCAACAGCACGCAACGGCAGGAUGGCUACAGCGGCAUGCAACGGCACGGUGGCUGCUGCGGCAUGCAAUGGCACGGUAGCUGCAGUGACAUGCAACGGCGUGGCUAAGGCGGUUGCUAAAGUGGCGUCAAGCAAGCCGGAAACGAAGGAUGGAGCGGCCAGCCUUGAGACAUACGCGGUGGCCUCCAAGGCAACGCCCAACCUGUGGCACGCUCGCCUUGGACACGUCUACUUUGAUGCGGUGAAGCGGACAGCCACGAGCGGUGGCGUGUUCGGUAUGGACUUAGAGAAAGGAGGUGAGGAUAUGCCGUGCACCUCCUGCCAUGAAGCAAAGCUCACUCGCCGAACAUUUCUGCUGCAUGACGAGCGAGAGGAGCAGGUUCUUGGGCUGGUCCAUACUGACGUGUGCGGUCCAUUUCAGACCUCGACCAUGGAUGAAAGCAGGUACUACAUCCUUUUCGUGGACCAUGCCUCAUGGUACACCUGGGGGAAGACGUUGAAGCUGAAGAGUGACACGCUUUCCCUUCAAGGAGUGGCUUCCCAAAGCUGA